AUGGGAAGGGAAAUUGUUCGUAAAGAGUCUCCUAGGAAACCUGGAGGACGCAGUAGAUUGUGGAACAAUGAUGAUGUCAUUGAUGUAUUAGCAAAAAUUACUUAUCCCACAAAGUUGAAGGAACUCAAUCUUAGUUAUUCAGAGCACCUAACCUGUACGCCUGACUUCACAGGGCUCCUGAAUCUUGAGAAACUGAUUCUCAUUGGUUGUAAAAGUUUGGUUGAAGUCCAUGAAAAUAUUGAUCGACUUAAGAAACUUGUGUGGUUGGAUCUAAGUGGUUGCCACAGUCUCAAGAAUCUUCCGAGCAGUUUAAGUAAAUUGCCAUCUCUUAAAAUACUUGAUAUUUCUUACUGCCAAGAAAUUGGAAAAUUGCCGAUGGGAAUGAGGAAAUUGAUUUCUUCUAAUGGUUUAUGCUUCUUAAAGGAAGUGAUUUUGAAAGGAUGCAAUCUAACAGAUAAUGAUAUACCUGAUGAGUUUUGGUUGUUGUACUCUUUGAAAUCACUGAAUCUUGGGAAGAACUAUUUUGAGAGCCUUCCAUCUAGCAUUGGCCAACUUUCACAACCUCAAAAUUUGGAUGUGAGGGAUUGCAAGAGACUCAAAUCGCUUCCAAUGCUUCCAUCAAGUUUGCAUUCUCUUGAUGCAUCAUUUUGCUUCAAGUUGGAAAGGUUACCAAAUUUGUCAAAAUUAAAGCAACUAACAAUGCUACAUCUUUCAUGUUGUGAAAAGCUGACUGAAAUUGAGGGCUUAGAGGGUUUGAUAUCUGCAGAAGGUAUACAAUUAGAUAAAUGCAACAAUUUGAAAAGCUUUGUCGAGAAGAGAAUCUUUCAAGUACUCUCCUCUCUCUCUCUCUUAGGUAGCGUUUGUUAACGUUUCUGUUCCAGAAACGACGUUUCGUUGUCAAAAAUGGAAAGUUUAGUUUUUGUGUCAAGA